UAAUUCCCACUUGAUCCUGCAUGCAAUUUUGAAUAAUGAUCGUCCAAAUAUCAGGCGCAAUGAAUGUAAACCGUACGUAAAGAUUCACUACGGAAACAUAUCGAUCAGAUCGAAUUUGAUUCUCAGAUCACUCCACUUUUAACAUUCCAAACCCUAAUUCUUCAUCUCUGCAGGUAAAUUUCUCCGUUUCAAUCCAGAUAUUCAUCAAUUUAGCCACUCUCAAUCUCAUACAUUCAUGUCAAAACCUAGAAAAUUAUCGUUCGCUACCGAUUUCCGUCUCAUCAGUAUAACUGGAGAUGGAAGAUGCAUGUUUCGAUCUGUCGUUCAUGGUGCUUGUUUGCGAGCAGGAAAGCCAGUUCCGAAGGAGAAUGUUACUCGGGAGCUUGCUGAUGAUCUUAGAACCAAGGUUGUGAAGGAGUUGAUCAAGAGACGGACUGAAACUGAAUGGUUUCUUGAAGGUGAUUUUGAGACUUAUGUCUCGCAUAUGAAACGGUCACAUGUAUGGGGCGGAGAACCAGAACUGCUUAUGGCAGCACAUGUCCUUAAGGUGCCUAUAACAGUUUACAUGCGGGAUAAAAGGACAAAUUCUAUUAAAAUUAUUGCGGAAUAUGGACAGGAAUACGGGAAGGAGAACCCAGUCAGUGUUCUUUAUCAUGAUUAUGGACACUAUGAUCUCUUGAAGAGUCCGUAAGCCGAAAGUCACAACUAAGUUUUCAGGUAAAAGAUAAAGCAAGCUUUGCUUGAAAAUCUGGAUGAGCGUUUAGAGUCUAACAAGAUAUCUGACAAAAGGUACGACCAUUUCUGGCCUUAAUGCAUACUUAAUCUAUGGCAGGAUCAUCCCCCUUCAAGUUAUUGGUAUGUAUGUAAUAUUUGUCACACUAAUAUAUUUUCCAAUUAUUUCUAAUAUGUAUUUUUCUAAUUAUUCAUUACCAUUGAAGUUAUUGGUAUGAUUGUUGUAUUUGUCACACUAAUAUAUUUUCCAAUUAUUUCAAAUAUGUAUUUUUACAA